AGUGUGUUGGUGGGAUAUAAGAGAGACAGAAAGAGCAGGAGAGAGAAAGAGAGGAGAGAGAGGGAAGGAGAUGGGGAGUAAGGAAAGGGAGUGUAAGGUAGAGAGGAAACAAUGUGUUGGAUUCUCUUUAGCCUAUCCCUCUCCCCUCCCCCUCUCCCCCUUGUCCUACCCCUUCAGACGCUCCCUCAAGGCCACCUUUUUGUUCCCCUGCCUGCAGUGUCAUUGACAUAGAGAGCUGAAAAGGGAGUCGGCAGAGUAGAGCAGGUGAGAGACGACCAACGGACAGAGAUAGAAGGACCCCUGGGCUAAUGCAAACACCUCAUGCUACUGUGAAGGUUUGUCGGAGCACACCUGCAGCUUGCUUGACUUCCAUUCGUUAUCGCUUCCAAUGACCAGGGAAUACUGUAGCUGCAGAGUGAUCCCCACAAUUCACACCUCCUCCGUGGGACCCCCCCCAGUCGUCCAACUUGGCCUGAAGAUGUGUUUUUGUCUACAGAAGGAAGAAUCGAUCAGGAAAUACCUGUAAUACACUAGAAAGAGAAAGAGGGUCAUCUGACAAUAUUUUCACAAUACAGAUAAUCCACACCAAAAACAAAGAAGAGAAAGGGGGAAAAAGAGGGAGUGCCAAUCAAGACCAAAGAAAGGGAGAAAAGGAUACAGAACACCCCUUCAAGAUGGCGCAGAUCCCUCAGAUGUGGCACACCAAGGUGAUGCCCCAGGAAGUGAAUGUGGACCUGGACAAAAUGGUUGCUUUUGGUAGCCAACCCGAGUGCUCCAUCUGCUACAACACCUAUGACAAUGUCUUCAAAACGCCCAAGCUGCUGGAGUGCACCCACACAUUCUGCCUGGAGUGCCUGUCGCGCCUCAUGGCCAUUUCUCUAGGAGAACAGGAAGGAGGCAGCAGCAAGAUCCCUUGUCCAUUCUGCCGCCACCCUACCCUCCUAACCGAGGAGGGUCCACCUGCCCUGGCCACCAGCCAAGAGGUACUGUGUAAACUGCCCAGCCACCAGCAGCACGAGGAACCUGUGUGGCUUGAUGGGGAGAAGCUGUGCUACAAGCGGCCACUGGAGGCCAACCCCGGAACACCCAGCUCCACCUCAGCCUUCUGCAUCUCCAUCGACAUCGGGGCCAGCAAGGCAGGUGAGGUCCUUGCUCAGACAUGGCCCCAGCACAUAGGCUUCCUGGAGCGUCUGAACGGCUGGAAGCGGCUGCUGCUCUUCAUCGUGUUGAUGGUGCUGCUGGUGGUCAUCGUGCUGUGGCCCCUGCAGUGCAUUGUCACCACGGGCAAUAUGCGCUGCAUGCCGCGCACCGUGGGCUCAGGACACGGCUUCACCGCCACCACCGCUACCCCAUUCACCAGGAUACACAGUCUCACAAAGGGAGCCUUUAAUUAAAUGACAAGAUAUGUAGUAGGCCAGAUACCUGGUUCACAAGUCCACAGAUCGCCAGAGUGCUUAUUGAAAAGCACAUGGCCAUGUGGUUAAGGCCCACGGCCGUCAGUUAGGGGCUCGUAAGGAAGCAUUUCACGGUAAGGUCUACACCAAAUUUGAUUUGAUUUGAAUCAAAGAAGACUGAAUAUAGAACUCAACGGUUUGAGACUGCACACUGCACAAUUGUUUUAGCAAUUGAUAACGGUGUGCUCAGUGUCAUUUUUCUGACAAGAAAGUUACAAAUAACAUUCAUAAUGAAAUUCAUACAUGAAUUCCAAUCCUUGCACUUUGAUUUAACUGAUAUUGUUUUGAGAUUUUCCUUUAUAAAAUUGUUAUUUUGCAUUAAAAAUAUAAUAUGUGGAUUAAAUAUGUUGUAAUAUUCAGACACAAUCUGGGUGAAAUCUAUUCAUAUCUACAGUAUCAGAAUUGUUGGCCACAGUACAACAGUAUAGGUAAUUUUUUUCAAAACAAAUCCGUCCGACAUUACUUUCACAACAAACUGAAAGCAUUAUUGUUGUGUAUCCAAGUCAGAGCAGACAUUGAAACUCAAUACCUUAGAAAUCUCCACUCAAAAUGUUCAGUUAAAGAACAAAGUUCAGCUGUCUUAUCUGAUUUGAAAAUAAUUGUAUGCCAAACCACAAUGCUGAAAUUGUAAGUGUAUAUACAUGUAUAGUUCAUUGUACUUUUCUGAUAUAUAUUUAGUUUACAAUACUACAAUAAAGGAAAAACAACACAGGCAUGGUCUAGGUUUAGGAAAAUAUUGCAUAGCUUUGUACAGCACUUACCUAAUCAGGAUUGACUAGAAUGACAUAGACAUGAAUGGUUGGUCUUGGUAGGAACUAAUGAUUCAUGGUGUUUCCCACUUCCUGUUAGAAUCUGUUUAUUUCAUUUGUAUUAAAUAUAUUGUUUCUUAUUUUUUUACAUUCCAAAAACAAACAUAUACAUACUAACAACUUACAGACACACACAAACAAUGACUACAUCUCCUCUGCCCAGACCUGCAUGCUCACACCCCCAUCUCUAGUGCCAGCAUUAUUGUUUGCCACUUGGCCUUAAAUUGUACCAAUUUGUUUUUCCUCUGUCACCCAUGCCAUUUCAACAUUUCAAAAAUAAAUCAUUUGUUUUUCC